UGACCUCCUGGCGGCCACCGAAGCUCGACAUAUGACCAGCGUUGCGAACAAAAUCCGGACGGAGCUCUUGUCGGUUCAUGAGAUGUACCUUUUAUCCACCUUCCGCCUGCCCCCCAAACAAGGGGGGGUGCUAUUUGGCCUUUACUACAAGAAGGACAACAGCCGAUGGUUCGAAGUCUCCGUUGUUGGCAAGACGAAUAAAGUCCUCAUCCGAUACUUGCGUGCCGACGGGAAGCUCCACUCGGUCAACCUGCAGAAUUCCAACCUGUCCGAUGGGCGUAGCCACACCGUCCUCCUGCGGGUCAGUGGCCUGAAAGGUAGCAGCCUUUCCCUAGAACUGUACGUGGACUGUAAGCAGCUGGACUCCAAUACGAGGUUGCCCGAAAUGGCAGCUGUUGACCAGGGGAAAAACGAGGCGGUAGAAGUGAGAACAGGACAGAAAACCUAUCUCCGAAUGCAGGGCUUCGUAGAAUCAUUGAAACUGAUCCUCGGAGGGUCAAUAAGUCGAGUAGGAGCUUUGAGCGAAUGUCCCUUUCAAGAGGACGAAUCCAUGCAGAACACGGUGUCCAAUGUGAUCAAUUCUCUCUUUGGUGAGCAGACCAAGGCCCUCGUAAGGCAACUGACACUUUUCAACCAAAUUCUGAUGGAACUUCAAGAAGACAUCAGAGACCAGGUCAAGGAGAUGUCUUUAAUACGGAACACCAUAAUGGAAUGCCAGGUGUGCGGGUUUCAUGAACACCGAUCCCGUUGCAAUCCGAACCCGUGUUUCAGUGGCGUGGACUGCAUGGAGACAUAUGAAUAUCCAGGUUAUCGUUGCGGGCCUUGUCCUCCUGGUUUUGAAGGGAACGGCACCCACUGUGCUGAUAUCAACGAGUGCUUGUAUGCCAACCCCUGUUUUCCUGGGUCCAAGUGCCUCAACAUCGCACCCGGUUUUCGGUGCGAGCCGUGCCCGCCUGGCUACAAGGGAAAUCUUGUCACCGGAGUUGGGGCCGAUUACGCCAAAGCCAGCAAGCAGAUUUGCACAGACGUCGAUGAAUGCAACGACGGGAACAAUGGAGGGUGUGACCCCAACGCAAUUUGCACCAACACGGUGGGGUCUUUCAAAUGUGGGCCAUGCAAAUCCGGCUUUGUGGAGAAGGUGCCAGGCAGCUGCACCCCCCAGAAGGCUUGCGAAAGCCCGAGUCACAAUCCCUGCGACAUCAACGGCUACUGCCUUUUCGAACGCAACGGCGACAUUUCCUGUUCGUGCAACGUGGGUUGGGCCGGGAACGGAAACGUGUGCGGGAGGGACACCGACAUUGAUGGCUACCCAGAUGAACCGUUGCCCUGCAUUGACAACAACAAGCAUUGCGCGCAGGACAACUGCCGGUUGACCCCUAACUCCGGGCAGGAGGACGCAGACAACGACGGCAUCGGAGACCAGUGUGAUGAUGACGCCGACGGCGAUGGGAUCAAGAACGUGGAGGAUAACUGCCGGCUUUUCCCCAACAAAGACCAGCAGAACUCGGACACAGAUUCAUUUGGGGACGCUUGUGACAACUGCCCCAACGUCCCCAACAACGAUCAAAAGGACACGGACCACAACGGGGAAGGGGAUGCAUGUGACAAUGACAUCGAUGGCGACGGGAUCCCCAACGGGCUGGACAAUUGUCCAAAGGUGCCCAACCCGCUGCAGACAGAUCGUGACGAAGAUGGUGUUGGGGACGCUUGCGACAGCUGUCCCGAAAUGAGCAACCCAACUCAGACAGACAUGGACAGUGACCUCGUGGGAGAUGCUUGCGACACCAAUGAGGACAGCGAUGGUGACGGCCACCAGGACACCAAAGACAACUGUGCAGAAAUUCCCAACAGCUCGCAGCUGGAUUCAGACAACGACGGGCAGGGCGACGACUGCGAUAAUGACGAUGACAACGAUGGGAUCCCUGACUAUCUGCCUCCCGGUCCAGACAACUGCCGCCUGAUCGCCAACCCCAACCAGAAAGAUGUCGAUGGCAACGGCGUGGGGGAUGCCUGCGAGGAGGAUUUUGACAAUGACACAGUGGCUGAUCCGAUGGACGUAUGUCCAGAGAGUUCUGAAGUGACGCUGACCGACUUCCGGGCGUACCAGACGGUCAUCUUGGAUCCCGAGGGAGAUGCCCAGAUUGAUCCCAACUGGGUGGUCCUCAAUCAGGGCAUGGAAAUUGUCCAAACCAUGAACAGUGAUCCAGGCUUGGCUGUGGGAUACACGGCGUUCAACGGGGUGGACUUCGAAGGCACUUUCCACGUCAACACUGUCACAGACGACGACUACGCCGGCUUUAUCUUUGCCUACCAAGACAGCGCCAGCUUUUACGUGGUCAUGUGGAAGCAAACCGAGCAGACCUACUGGCAGGCCACGCCCUUCCGGGCCGUGGCUGAACCGAGCUUGCAGCUGAAGGCGGUCAAAUCCAAAACGGGGCCCGGCGAAUAUCUCCGCAAUGCCUUGUGGCACACGGGCAACACGCCCGGCCACGUGAAGUUGCUCUGGAAGGAUCCUCGCAACGUGGGGUGGAAGGACAAAACCUCUUAUCGCUGGCGUCUCUUGCACAGACCCCAAGUCGGGUACAUCCGGGUGCUGCUCUACGAAGGGCCCCAGCUGGUGGCCGACUCCGGGGUCAUCCUCGACACCACCAUGCGGGGCGGGCGCCUGGGCGUCUUCUGCUUUUCUCAGGAGAACAUCAUCUGGUCCAACCUGCAAUAUCGCUGCAAUGAUACCGUCCCCGUGGAUUUCGAGCCCUUCCGGCGGGUGAUAUUAGAACAGCCUUGAAGAGAACCGUGGCGCGGGGUGAUUUCCCAGGCUGAAAACGUCAACCCAAAGGAUUCCAGGCAGAUCUCCCCAAGAACGUGGCCAACCCGUUGGAGAUCUCGCUGCCCCCCCCACCAUGCACCUGAUUCUAUCACGGAUUGGAAAACCUGCAAACCCCACUUGCACGUGUUUGCAAAGGCUGGAGCGGUUCUUUACUCAAAUAGAAAAGGCCCACCAGAGACACACCAGCGGGGUUGGCUAGGGAUUUGAUUCGGGGUUGUUUUUAGAGGAAACCUCCAUCCAUUCAUAAAGUUUUGGCUCUUUUUUUAAAAAUUCUGCACCUGUCGUACUUGGGGGGGGGAGCGGGAAUAAAUGA